GCAGGGUCACAAAAUAGAGUGCAACAACAACAACAACAACAACACCAACGGCACAAGGUAGUCGUUCGGGAAGACGAGCACCUUUGCUUGGGCAGCAACCCCAAUUAUUCAUCAUGGCACAGGACACAAUCGCACAAGUUCCAAUAACACAGGAGCACAUCCCUGUGCGCUCUCCUUCGGAGUUUGAAACUGAAACACCCCCCGGUAUAUCUCCCAGUACUGCAAACACUGAUCGAAGGAAUUCAACGAUCGGGGAGCCGCCUGGAGCGUCUGACGCAGAGUCGCGUCGUUGUGGACCGCAACUUCUUCGCAGGCAUUUCAAAUCAUGGAAACCCUUUAAUGGAAUUCGCAACGAUAUCACUUCCAGAGCACCAUAUUACGUUCGAGACUGGAUUGACGCAUGGAACUACAGCAUUUUUCCGGGGAUAGCAUUCUCGUUGGACUUGAUAGAGACCACCGCGCAGUAUGGUGUUAUAGAGGUCCUCAUGUCCACAUUCAUGUCUGCCUUCAUAUUCUCCGUCUUCGGAGCCCAGCCACUAUGCAUCGCUGGAGUCACAGGACCGAUCACUGUUUUCAAUAAAACAAUUCAUACAAUCAUCACUCGUCAGCCUGAUUCUCCGAAUUACUUGCAUUUUGUUGGCUGGGUGUAUCUGUGGACGUGCAAUUUUUUGAAAUUCGUAACGCUCUUCUCAUGCGAUACCUUCGGAUUCUACGUAUCAUGGGUCUACCUUCAAUAUGGGGUCCAGGUCAUUACAAGACAAUUCAUUAUUGCAAGUCCUACAUCAACACAGGAAGGACCAUACGCAUCAAUUGUCCUGGCCUUGUUAACGCUGGUUACUGCGCAUCUAUUCGUUCGACGGUUCUUUUCUGACUACGGAAUGCCUAUAACGGUUGUGGCAUCGUCGGCUAUGGCUUACUGGGGUCGAUUCAACCAAGCCAAUCCCACAACUUUGCCUACACAGGGUGCCUUUGCUCCCGCGAACAAUCGGAAUUGGAUUGUCAAAUUUUGGGAGCUGGAUGGCAAAUGGGUUGGGAUUGCGUUUCCGUUUGGGAUCAUCCUCACUGUUCUUUUUUUGUUCGAUCAUAACGUAUCGUCGUUAAUGGCCCAAAGCUCACAGUUUCCCCUUCGUAAGCCUCCGGGCUUCCACUGGGAUUUUUUCCUUCUUGGGGUAACUACGUUUAUUGCUGGCCUUCUCGGCGUCCCCGCGCCGAAUGGUUUGAUCCCUCAGGCACCGAUCCAUACCGAGUCUCUGAUUGUACUUGGUUUCCCUGAAAAACGCAGCGAAGAUGAAGAAACAGUGGGAAAGGAGAUGGGACCGAGAGCACUUCGUGUCGGAGGAGACAGAAAGAUGGAGGUGCCCAUCGCUGUUGUCGAACAACGGGUUUCAAACCUCGCCCAAGGAUCUCUCUGCCUAAUCUUGAUGAGUAGUCCAUUUUUGCAUGUCUUGGGCCUCAUUCCUCGAGGUGUCUUAGCUGGUCUUUUUUGGUACAUGGAGCCGGUUGAACCCCUACUCCUAGUUCGAAAAUCUCGUAUCGUAUUGUUCGUUGGUUUGGAGCUUAUCGGUUUUGGUGCAACGAUGGCUAUAACUCAAACUAUCGCUGCAAUAGGAUUCCCCAUUAUCAUUCUGCUCCUGAUCCCACUUAGGGUACUGGUGAUCCCAAGACUGCCUUUCACUCCGCAGGAACUGGGUAUCCUUGACGGUCCUACGGCAUCACCAUUCACGAUGGCAUCUGUUGGUGGACCCUCUAGAGCUGCGACCCCGCCUCCCAUCGAAGACUUUCCAUCAGGUAUCUGCAACAAAUUGUAACUUGUGAUAUUCGAGCACAAUAGAAAGCAAUGUCUAGAUACGCGUC